AUGCCCAAUUGGUUGUCUGAUGAUGACUUGGCCUGUGACAAUAAAAAGUAUUACGUGGUGCAAGAAUCAGAGCUGCAGGAGAAUGACUGGCUUCAUCUAUUCACGGAAAUUGCCUUCUACGCAAAAACAACACUUGAGGCUUACACGCCCUUGGAGAUAAAGAAGGUGGUCAUUGAAACUAAAGAAGAAGACACAACAGAGGCGCUCAAGGCGGGAAACGCAAUCUACUACGUAAGUUACAAGUGUAAUGAUGAUGAUCCUUCAACAGGUUGGCCUGGUGAUCACAAAGCCAUUAUGAGGAAAACCAUUGAUGGGAAACCAGAGCACAUGUUUCUUGAAGUUGUACAAGUUUGA